AUGUCAACAAAUGAUUGGAAGGACCAUAUUGUUGAUACUCCAUCUGAGAUGAUACUAUUGAGAGGCAUAGAUAUGCAUGCUACUGGAAAAGACAUUGCUACUCAUCUAUCACAACCAGCUACUGGCUUUUUCUCCAACUCAAUAGAAGCCCCCAGGGUUGGUCUAGGGAUCCUUAAGCUGUGUCAUACAUUGGCGUAUCAGGCUGGAUCUGGUAGAUUAUCAUUCACACAUUGCCACAUCAAUGUAUUGAAUUCCCUUUCAGCGGUGCAUCCUACAUGCUGGGAUCUAAAUACUUAUCUAGAAAUUUGGAAGCCAGCUAGUAAUACAACUUCUUCUGCAUCACCUACCCAUCUGGGCGGAGAUUGGAUCAUGAUUCAAAUAGAGCUUUCCCCUGGCAAUCAAGCUGCCCCAGAUAUGAGUCUUGUCAUGGAUCCAAAAAAUGUUACCCCUGAGCUGGUUCAAACACCUGAUCCAUGUGAAGACCUCUGA